CGAGGAUCUCAUAAUUACAACCGGUGCAUCACAGGGACUGCAUUUUGUCUUAUCUACUCUGGUCGAUUUAAAUGGUAUAGUUUUCGUUGAUGAAGUAACAUAUAUGAUUGCACUUGAUGCUAUUAAACAAUUUACAACGAUCACUAUAAUACCAUUACGACUUAACAACGAUGGUGUAAGCGUGAAGGAAUUUGAGCAAAUUUUACAGGAAAAACGUUUUCAAUCGAAUUCCAAAACCUUUUGGGCAAUGUACUAUACAAUUCCCGCCUAUCAUAAUCCGACAGGGAUUUUGUUUUCAUCUAUUUGCCAAAAUCUUGCUGAGCUGGCCCAAAAAUAUGACUUCUUAAUACUCUGUGAUGACGUUUACAAUAUCCUAAAUUACACAAUAGCACGACCACCCAAACGAUUGUUUGCCUACGAUAAAGGAUCUGGAAAUAUAAUUUCGAAUGGAAGUUUCUCAAAAAUAAUUGGACCAGGCCUACGUAUGGGUUGGUUGGAGGUACCUGCACGUUUAAAACCUAUUUUGGAAAUGUCUGGUAUCUUGAAUAGUGGCGGUUGUUUCAACAAUUAUACUUCUGGUAUAUUGGCCAGCCUCUUCGAACUGAAAUUGGCUCAAGUACACAUUGAUAAAGUAUCACUUGCGUACAAAGAGCGUAUGUUAGCUACUUGCGAGGUUCUUGAACGCCAUUUACCCCCAAGUUGUAAUUGGACAAGACCAUCAGGUGGAUAUUUUAUUUGGAUUUCAUUACCCCCAUUGGCGGACGCCGCCAAAUUUUUACAAUACUGUGUGAAAGAUGAGAAAGUAUUCUUUAUACCAGGAUCGCGUUUUGCGUAUGAACCGACAGUAGCGAAAAAUUGCCUACGUUUAAGUAUCGCUUUUCACAGCAAGGAAAAAUUGGCUGACGGGGCUUUGCGUUUCUGUGCAUCAUUAAAACGUUUUCUGGAAGAAGAGCUAAAAUAAAAAGACAAUAUGACAGUGCGUAAAUAUAUUUUAUAAAGUGUCCAAUAUUAACAAUGUCAUGAUGUCUGUGCUAAAAAGGAAUAAGCGCAAAAGUUAAUUUAUACAGUAUACAUCUGUACAUAUCGCACACCGUCUUCAAAAGAGUCACAACUCAAAAUAAUACGUUAUUUCUAGAACAUGAUAAUCAUAUGGGCAAGGGCGACUUUACCUUAGUUUUUUUUUUUUUUAUUUAAACAAAAGUUUGCUCCAGUUUUUGCAGAAAGGUAUAUAAAAGCUCUGUGUACAUUUUUAGCGCAUAAUUUCCCCAAGUGCUAAAUUUUGAGUUGUGGCUCUUUUGUAGACGGUGUAAUAUAUUUUACAAACACAAAAAAAAAUACGUUUUUAUAUGAAACCGCCAACUCUUUUUCAUUUAGAAAUAA